GAAAACAAAAUGGCGGCUGGGAGGGAAGGGAAUGCUAGUAGAGCGCUGUUUCCCUCCUGUCGCCCUGGCCUUUCCCAAUCUCUCCCUCUCUCUGGGGGAAAUGAUGGAGGAAGGGACAUCAUAUCAGAUAUGGACCUAACAGAAGAAAAAUACCCAACAGAGAUUCAUGAUUAUCUUUCGGCCUUUGAGAAGUCUGUCAGUUCUGUAGAUGACAUGUUGAAGACUAUGAUGUCUGUGUCUAGAAGCGAACUUCUCCAGAAGCUGGAUCCUCUUGAGCAAGCAAAAUUAGAUUUAGUGUCUGCUUACACAUUGAAUUCAAUGUUUUGGGUUUACCUGGCCACUCAAGGAAUUAAUCCAAAGGAGCACCCAGUGAAAAAAGAAUUGGAAAGAAUACGAACAUACAUGAACAGAGUGAAAGAGAUAACAGACAAGAAGAAAGCUGCCAAACUGGAUAAGGGUGCUGCUUCAAGAUUUCUACGAAAUGCACUAUACGAACCCAAACCUCACAGCAAGUCUGCAAAGAAGACUCCGGUUCCAGCCAAAAAGAAGAAAAUAAAUUAGGGCUUUUACAGUAUUGUGCUAAUUGCUAUAGGGAGAAGAAAAUCUUUUAAUCAAGUUUUCUUGUUUUAUAGACUGUGGAAACUGCAUUUUGGUGAAAUAAGGUUAUGUCAGUCAGCUAUUUGUUACUACAUGAUUGUUUCUCAUGUCCAGAUAUCCUGAUCACUUCCUCUUCCAGUAGGCUAUAUUUAAAAUAAAGUUUUGUUUAUUUAACAAAGAACAAUAACAUCAAGCAGGAUUUCCCUCCGGGUCCUCUCCACAUUUGUGUUUUUGGCUUUUUACCAAGUUAGGCAAUAUGUAUGCACUACCCUAAGCUUCUUUUGGGAUUAGAUUACAUGUUGCUGUUUCCUUUCAUCCUUGAUCUGUUAAACAUGACACGGUAUCUAUACUUGAGCGAGCUGAAAAGCAGCACAGGUAAGUCUGCAGAUUGUACUGCCAAUGCUCAGGCACAUCAGUGUCUUGGCAUCCAGUGUUUGUGUGCUUAGGACAAACCGGCUUAGUUACCAAAGUGUGUGAAUAGGUACAUUUAUUAAAUAUCUACUUGAAUAAAUAAGUUCCAGUAAAUCAACGGUUGCUUGGUCCUAUAGCUUAAUUGAGUGCUUUUAUAGUUGCUACUGUCACUGCUUAAGUAUUAGCAACCUGGGCCAAAUUGUUAGAAUGUCUAAAACAUUAUCAUCCACUGCUGACUUUUAUCUGUGUUGAGACUUAAUUAAUGGUGUUACACUUGGGACUGAAAUACUAUAUGAAAUAGUCAUAUACAGGUAAAGUUUACACACUUGUAAAGUUGCUACAGUGGCAUACAAUAAAUGCUAAUCUAACUGAUUUUUGGACAAUAUGAGGAAAUGAAGAGCUCCUUGGAGUGCAUCUACACUAUAGAAAUAAUGUAGUUUGAUACCAUUUUAACUGGCUCCAUCCUACAGAAUCCUGGGAUGUGCAGUUUUAUGAGGCACCAGCACUGGCAGAAAAGGCUUAAGACCUUGUAAAACUACAAACCCCAGGGUAUAGGAUGGAGCUAUAGCAGUUAAAAUGAAACUGGGUUAUUUUUAGUUAGAUAGUGAGCAGUCCUGUGAAGCUCUCUUCUGAUGCUCAGUUUUACUUCCCAGCCUACCUACAUUCCUGAUACAUCAUAAACAUUCUUGUUACAGCUAAUUUAUUAAAGGGUAUAUUUAAUAAACACCACACAAACACUGGAUGCUAAUGACAGCAUAUUGUGUGCUAUAAAAAUCAGCUCCAACACACUGGAGGUGUGAACUGUGUGCUUCCUGCCACCACCACCCCCAGCUUCGUUCCACUGCAAAAACAUUCAGCCUACGAAUGGCCAGGAAUGCUCCCAGAAGACUCCAGGCACUAUGCCCUCCCUGUACCUACCUUAAUCCCAAAUAACCUCUCUCCCCUAAAAAAAAACCUAUCAAAACAUGGAGAAGACCUUACUACUACUGCCAAUUUAGAAGAAAUGGGGAAAUGAGGUCCUUUAAGGGAGCUGGAAAAUGGAACAUGGUGGCCCCAAGACCUUAGUGACUUCCCACCCUAUUGUACACUAAGAUGGCCAAAUGUCAAACUCUUUAAAAGCAAGGGUUAUUAAGACAGAGUCUGAAUUGGUUGCUAAAAUCUUUUUUCCCUUUUCUGUUAACUUUGAAGAUUGUGUUUGUAAAAAUAAAUUCCUUUUUUAAAAAAGUCAAAA